CAUUAAUCAGUCAUUAGUCUUAAGACACUGAUUCAGUGUUAGCAGUGUUAUUUAAGAGAGCUGUUUUGUUCAACGAACUAGUGCCUACUAGUACCAUCCACCGAACUGGUACAAAAUUCAUAAAAAAGAUAUAAAAAUAUUUAAACAUUCAUGCAAACGGAACGAUGGCAGGAUGUACAAAACAGAACAUUUACGAAAUGGCUUAACAACAAACUUGCGGCGCGGGAGCUUCCACAGGCUGCUGAUUUAAAGAAAGACCUUAGUAAUGGUAUUUAUCUAAUCCAAUUAAUGGAAAUUAUUGGUGAUGAAUCCUUGGGCCGUUAUACUCGAAAUCCACGACUUCGUGUACAAAAGGUAGAAAAUGUGAACAAAGCUUUGGACUAUAUUAAAAGUAAAGGGAUUCCCUUAACAAACAUCGGUGCUGAGGACAUUGUUGAUGGAAACUUGAAGCUAAUACUGGGUUUACUAUGGACUCUCAUUCUACGAUUUACGAUUGCUGAUAUCAGUGAAGAAGGCCUUACAGCAAAGGAGGGCUUGCUCUUAUGGUGUCAACGGAAAACCGUGGAGUACUUCCCAGAUGUGGACAUUCAGGACUUUUCUCGGAGUUGGACAAGCGGUCUUGGUUUCUGUGCUUUAAUCCAUCAACAUCGUCCCGAUUUGCUCGACUUUCGUAGCCUCGACAAAACUAAACACAAGGAAAACAUGCAACUUGCGCUGGACAUCGCUCACAAACACAUUGGAAUCCCUCCACUCAUUGAUGUUGAAGACAUUUGCGAUGUUGAACGUCCCGACGAACGCAGUAUUAUGACUUACGUCGCUGAAUACUUCCACGCAUUUUCUACAUUGGACAAGGUUGAAACAGCAGCAAGAAGAGUUGAACGAUUUUCAGAUGUCUUAAAAUCAAGUCAUGAAAUGCACAUGAAUUACGAACUGCGUAUGAGAUCUUUGCUGAAGAAACUUACCCAAACGCAAAACGUAUGGCUCAAUACAGUACUGGGUGACAACUAUGCAUCGCUGAAGAAGCAGUCGAACAGUUUCGGUCGCUUCAAAUCUUCAGUCAAACGAGAGUGGGUAAAAGAAAAGAUGGAUUUAGAGUCAUUAUUAGGCACAAUUCAAACAAACCUAAAAACUUAUCAGCUGAAAAAGUACGAACCUCCCGCCGGUUUACGUAUUGUUGAUUUGGACCGAGAAUGGAAAAACUUAUUGAAUGCAGAAGCGAAGUACUCUAAAAUCAUCAAUACACACAUCCGCCGAGUAAAGGAGGACAUGCGAAGAAACUUUGCGGAACGUGCAAAUAGUUUUUCCGUGAUGCUGAAUACAAUCAGUGCGGAACUCUCAACGUUACAUGGAGAUUGGGCAGACCAACUGGAACAUGUGAACUUCUUGCGCGAGCAUAUAGGCCCUCUCGAAACCGAGCUUGCUAGUGUCCAAAAACUUUGGAACGAUUGUGUGGAAGCCGGGAUCGAGGAAAAUGACUACACAAUCUUCACAUAUGAUGAUCUCAACUAUGAAUUUAGCGUCACUGUCGACAGCAUAAACAACAAGAUAAAGUACCUCGAGCUGCAGUUGUCGGAGCGACAAAAACGCACACUUUCUCAAGAAGAGCUUUCUGAAAUUGAAAAAGUUUUUAAGCAUUUUGAUAAGAACAAGUCCAACAAUCUCUCUGAGUUGGAAUUCUAUGCCGCGCUGGCAUCCUUGGGUCUCGUGUACGAAGAAGAAGAAGCUCAUGCCGUGUUUGCGAAGGCCGCCGGCGAGCAGCAGGGCGUGACAUACGAACGCUUUAUUGACAUCGUCAUGGACGAGCUUGAAGACCGUGACAGUGCUCGGCAGGUGAUCUAUGCAUUCUGCGACGUUGCAGAUGGAAAGUCAUUUGUUACAGAGGAGGACCUUAAGAACAGUCAAGUUCGUCCUGAUAUUAUCAAGUUUUUGGAAACAACUAUAGACAAGUGUCCUGAGGGAUAUGACUAUCUCAAAUGGAUCCGUACACUUUUGGAUGACGAUAACGAUGACAAUGACGACGGAACGAACAGGAAUUAGACAAAAAUACGCACUUUCCUGAACAUCUAUUCUCACAUACACACUAUACCCAUCCCACUACACCACUUUCAUUUCUACUUUUAUAUUAUCGACACAUCUAGAUAUGCCUGGCAUCUGUUAGUAUAAGAAUAUUUUUGCGUUGAGCAAUAACAGUAUGUGAGACACAAAAUAAAUCAUUCAAAGCUAAUGCAGGGAAAAAGAUACCGUGGAGGUACAACUAUUGCUAUGGAAAGGAUUCAGGACAUAAGAGGAAUGAAAACGAUACGGGGGGAAUAAAUGCAGCUAGGAUGAAUGGAGGGAACAAGGUGCACAGUAUUUUAGAGGGUAUAUCCAGCGUUAUGUAUGUCCAUCAAGGACACAUGCCGGUGAUGCCGAACAGAAUGAUGGCUACGACUCCAGAUGCAACGGAAAGGAAAGAAUAAGCAUAUACCCGCGAGCCCAGCGCGACAGGCAUGUUAAGGGGACUAAUCUCCUUGCGAAUAAGCUGUGCAAUGAUGCGGAACAUUGCAGCUGCAAUAAUUGAUGCAACGAGCAUGAACAGCGUGCCAAAAAAGGAAAAGACUGAGUAGAACAGGGGCCCAAAAAAUGGGACACAUGCGAUCAAGACGGAGAGGAUGGUAAGCACGAAGAACAAGAUGGCCAGGACGUACAUCGCCUUCAUGGCAUACAUUGCGUUCUUCACGAACUUCAUUCCCGUCUGGACCUUGCUGGGAAGUGUGAUAGAGACGGUGGUAUUGUCUCCGGCAAUAUCAGCCUCAAUCAUUUCGAUUGGGUUGAAGUAGUACAGGGUCUUGGGCUUGGUGCAAUUGUAAGGAUUCUCCCAAUCGGAGGAGUUUCCCUGCAGUAAUUCCACAUACCGAUGGAGUACCAAGCAGGCAAGCCCAUUGCGGUUUGGAGUUGCUCCUCAAGCGUAGCAAGCUCUGAACCGCCAAUGCUAAGAUACUGUUCCAGCGUGUCGGCAAUUCCGCCUGUCACGAGAGUGCCCAGAGUCUGUGACAGAGCGGUGGUGUUGCUUGUGUCCAGCAAGUUGGACGUGUUCAGCUUGAUGAAGUGGAUAUUCUUUAGCGCAACACUGUGAUAGUUCUGGUUAAUGAGCACCAGCAGGUCCAUAACGGCACUGAAUGCCACAAACACCAUAGGAAAGAUCAAAAAAAGCUUGCCAAAAAUCAUUUUGGAGAAAUGUAAGACUUAAGAAAGACAAAAUAGAGGCAACAAGAAAAGAGAAAAGUCGUAAAUGGGAAUCAAGAAAAUGAGUAACCGAGAAAAACCAAAAAAUUCGGGAAUUUGUGUAACAAUAAAAAAUAAAUCCGAGGGUUCGAGUUUCCUGAAUUUAUCAAAAAAGAAAUAAAAAUAAAAAUAAAAAAUCCAAUGUAAGUUCAAAAUGACAAA